AUGCUAACAAUAACAACUACAGAACCACCGAAGACAAAACCUAUCGAACCAUCAAAGACAACAACAACGACAGAACCAUCGAAAACAAAAACUAUAGAACCAUCAAGAACAACAACAACAAUAAAACCACUAUCAGCAAAUCUACCAGCUCUCAUCUCACUUGAUAGUAUUGAUGGAGCUAUCUAUGGUGUACAUGAUACGAGGAUAAACCAGGAUAGUCAAGCAUCAGCACCUGGUAACUGGGCCGGUACUUAUCACCCCAGUACGCCACCAACCAAUGCAUGUGAUGGUGAUACUUCUACAAAGUAUUUACACUUUGGAAGGUGUACAGAGUAUGAAAAUGAUAUUACAUGUGGUUUGGAUACUGGUUUUUAUCUGGAGUUGAAGCGAGGUACAUCAUUAGUUACAGGAUUACAAAUCUGCACAGCUGAUGAUUUUCCAGAACGCGAUCCACUUACAGUGUCAUUGGAAGGAAGUAAUCAGUCUGGAGCAGCGCUCACUCUUGGCUCGAGCUGGACUCUGAUUUACAAAGGGGAUAGUGGUCUUGGAAUAGAUACUGAUAGACUCACCUGUGGAAUUAUGCAACUGAUCAACAAUCCGAUUCAGUAUAAAAGUUAUCGGUUUCUUGUUUCAAGCAAGCGGGACUACAGGAACAGUGUUCAGUAUUCUGAAGUAAAGCUAUUUGGAUACUGA